CGCUAGAUGAAAAUACGUCAUCGCAACAAAGUGAUCAGUUACGUGAAAUGAUAUUAACGCGACCGGGUAGUGCACCGGCUGAUGGAAAAGAUGAACUAGCGCGUCGUACACCCGUUAGUUUGACAGAAUCGCAACAAAGAUCUUUAUCAUUGCCAAAAUCAUUUAUGUCCAACAAUCAAUCAAAGCAAAGUGAUGAGCAAUUUUCAUCAUGGAAACAUCAACAAGCAACUGAAGAAAGUCCGUGGUCAUCACCAACGUCGCGAAUACCAACACCAGAUACUGCGCAUACAGCACCCGUAACACCGUCCCAUGACUUAAAUCGAAUCGAACGUCAUAAGUCACCAGGACGAAAUAAUCACAGGUCAUCUCGACGAUCGUCAACGAAUAAUAAUAAAGCGUCUUCGACACCACAUUUAAUUAACUCUGAAGAUAGUCCUGAAUGGGAGGUACACAGGAAUUGGUCUGACGAACGAAUGGAAGGGUCUGAAGAUGACAAAGGAUUAACAGAAGCGUCUAGUGCUUCACCAAUACAUAAUCCACAUUCACAAUCAACGGAUAGUUCCAAAGAACAUGUAUAUCCAAGGCAAUCAAGUUUACCACAAAAAACAGGUACUACCGGAAGUGUUUUACAGAAAUUCCGUAAAACAUUUUCACUACGUUUCCAAAGAAGUAAACUUAGUAAGGAAUCAAGUUCGACCGAUUAUGGUGGAUUAUCACAGGGUUGUUCAUUAGAUGAAGGCCCAGGCGAAAUUUACAACGAAAAUUAUGAUUGUGAUCCAUCCACUCAAAAUAUUCAUGGAGACUCUCACCAUAAGGAAGAGUCAGAACAAAAAUAUAGGUUUGGACCGUUAGUAUGGCGAAGUAGUAAAGAACGAAAAAAGGGAAAUAAAGCAGCUAGAAAUGCCAAAUGUAACAGUGGCGAUAGUGGAAUACAGCUUGAGAUGGCAUCUGGGUGCACGAGUGGUGCGGGCUCAGCAGGAACCGGGGGAGGUGGGGACAGUUCCGAAUCGCAUGACACGGAUCAGCAGGGCGAGGACACUGACAGUCCCCCAGCGGUCAGACGCCGGGUUGGAACAGGAGGCCGCUCCUCUCGACCGCACUCCGAUCUCAUCAACCAAAUACUUAUCGACAAAUUUAAGGCGGACUUACAAUCUAGAACGCAACGACACAGUCACGUAAGACGUACAAAUUCCGAUCUUGGAGGGCAGAGAUUAUUGCAGUGGGAUACUCGUGGAUCAUACAGACGAAUGUUUUCAUCACCAUCACCUAUAAAAAUGCGUCCACAACGAUUAAGUCCUCGGCAUGCACCAUCAAGUAAUAAUUCACCAGCUAAUUCUGUAUUAAUGCGUCAUAAUCGACGAACACCAGGUCGACCACAAUUACGACGAUCGCUCAGCCAACCGUUGGAUAUUGAUAAACUUUCACCAUUAAUGAGAACCAAAACAAUGGGUUCAAGACCCCAUGGUGCACAUGUUUUUAGUGAAGAUGAACAUGAUUGCCAUGGUGGAACAUCUGAUGAUGAGGAAAUGUUAUCAGAUUCGGAAUCAUCGUUAACAUCAUUAUCAGAACGAAAGCGAUCAUCUCUGGAAACUGGUAUGGCUGAUGAUAUUGUGAUAUUGGCUGAGGCUGUUUGGGAUCAUAUAGCAAUGGAAUCUGAGGAAUUAGCUUUUCGAGCUGGUGAUGUUAUUGAAGUACUUGAAACUGUCGAUAAAGACUGGUGGUGGGGUGCAACAAAUGGAUCAGUUGGAUGGUUUCCAGCUGCAUUUGUUAGGUUACGAGUCAAUCAAGAAGAUACUGUUGAAGAUUGUUUGGCAGCAAUGGCUUCAGGACAAUCUUCUACAACGUCAAUACGCCGCCGUACAAGUAUAUCUCUGCUCUCCAAUGAACAAGUGCGUACAAGUGUAGUGCGUGAAUUAGUGCAUACUGAACGUGAUUUUGUGAAAGUGUUACGUGAUGUUAGUGAAGGAUAUAUAUCUGAAUGUCGAAAACGUUGUGAAAUGUUUAGUGAGGAACAAAUACAAACAAUAUUUAUUAAUUUAGAGGAAUUAUUGGAAUUUCAAACAGAAUUUCUUAAUGAUUUAGAAUCAUGUAUUGAUUGGGAUGCACCGCAUCGUAGUUGUAUUGGAGAUUGUUUUUUAAAGCAUAAAUCUGGUUUUCGAAAAUAUUCGGAUUAUUGUAAUAGUCAUCCCAUGGCAAUAGCUACCUUACAAGAACUUUAUCAAAUAAACAGUUAUAAUAAGUUUUUCGAAGCAUGUCGUUUAAUGCGUGGUCUCAUUGAAAUACCAUUAGACGGUUAUUUAUUAACACCAGUACAACGAAUAUGUAAAUAUCCAUUACAAUUAGCCGAAUUACUUAAAUAUACAAAAUCUGAUCAUCCAGACUAUAGUAAAAUACAAGAAGCAUUAGAGACAAUGCGUGGUGUUGCUGUAUUAAUAAAUGAACGAAAACGUCGCAUGGAAAGUUUAGAAAAAUUAGCGGCAUGGCAACAACGCGUUGAAGGAUGGGAAGGUGAAGAUUUAAUUGAAGUUAGUACACAGCUAAUACAUCAAGGUGAUGUUAUACGAGUGACGACAGGCAUGUGGACAAAUAAUAUUACAUUAUUUUUAUUUGAUCAUCAAAUUGUUUAUUGUAAAAAGGAUUUAUUAAAACGGAACACAUACGUGUAUAAAGGCAGAAUUUGUUUGGAUACGAGCGAAAUAAUAGAUGUUCCCGAUGGAAAAGAACCUCAGGUUGGAGUUACUGUUAAGCAUGGUUUAAAAAUCUAUAGUUGUGUGCGCGAUAAAUGGUUAUUAUUUUGUUGUCGUUCCGCUGCCGAAAAGGAAUGUUGGCUGUCAGCGUUAGCUGAAGAACGUCGUUUAGUUGCAAGAGAUCGUUUAGAAGGUUUAGAUUUUCCACCAGCUGCGCGUCAAUUAGCACGCAUGGCUGCUAGAUCACAUCGACAGCCACCACAUAAACCACGAAAUGACAAAUCAUAUAAACGUGAUUCUGCGUACAUGGGAUCGUCACUUCAAUUAAAUACAACUAGUCAUAACUCACUUGGUCGCAAAGUUGGUACAUGGUUUACAUUUGGGGGUAGCAAAAAAGGACGACAUCAUCAUCACGCUCCGUCAUGAGACCCAACUACCUUGCUGUAACCAGCAGCUUAAGUUGUACUGUACUUUUAUUUGUUUUUUGUAUUCAGUACAACUAGAAGUUAUUCAUCUCUUUCAAAUACAUGUCAUUAAAUAUUUAAGAAACCAUAAAUGUAGAAAACACAUAUUUAUAAGAUAAAAAAAUUCUAUUGAAUCUUUUUGUGACGAUCAAACACCCUUCAAUUCUAGAAAAGAACAAAAUGACUUUCGAUGUAUAAUUAAACUCAAUUUAAUCAACUGAAAUUUCCUUUUUUUGUUUGUUUGAAAGUUAGACAUCUUACUUUUGAGGAGUAUCUAAAUAAAUAGCUUUAAAUUGGGUUAAGACUUUGCCAGAACUAUUUUGCCUUGAAGACAAGCACAAUAACUACCUCCAUGCCAAAUUUCAAUCCAUGUGAUAUAGUUACCAAACAAAAUAUGGUUUUAGAUAACAAAAGGUGCAUUUUAUUUUAAACUUUUCAAAGUUGAAAUACUUGCACACAGAACAGAAUACGUGUAAACUAGCCUCAAACUUUGUGUCUUUAAAAAAUGUUUUCAAAACUUAAUUUUCUCAAUUUUGGUCUAACUUUCAACAAUAGGGUAUUUGCCAGUUUGAUAAUAAAUUUUUAUGAAGUGGAAAACCAAAAUCUAAAGAUUUUUUUCGCAAAAAUAUGUGGUUCAUCUAAUUUUUAUUUUAUUUUUUUUCAAAUAAUUAAGUUCUCGCAAACAAUAACAUAAUUCUUAUGUUUUGUAAAUAUACAACUGUCAUAUUUUAAAAAUUUUAUAUACAAAAACUAGCUACUAGACAGGCGUUAUUCUACUCUUUACGGUAGGUGUCGCUGUGAGUUUAAUUUUUGACGCUACUAAAAAGGUCUACCCAGGCUAGAUCAACCCAACUUAAGUAGCGUUAGAUUAGUACGAAUAAAAUACACGCUUUACUCCUCAAAUAGGCCAGCGACGUUUUGCUUUAUCAUAUUAGAAAUUUUAAGUACUAUUUUAUAUCUACAAGUGAUUUUAUUAAAGCAAAAAGAGUUUUAAUAUUGUAUUACUAAAAAUUUUGAGACAGUUUUCAAAAAAAAAAAAAAAAAAAGUGGAAAAUACCCUAUUUUUACAAACGAACACAAUAAAUCAAACAUAAUUUUAAAAUAUCUAAACUUUUAAAUAAAUUUCAAUAUAUCAGU